CGGUGCUGGGGGGUGGUGGAAGGCGGGGCUGGUUGAAAGUCUACAUAUGUUGACGUACUUUGCAAGCAAUAAAAGGUUGGGAGUUGUUGGAGUCUGCAACAUUUGGGUCCUCUGUUGCACUCGAUGCAUGGAUGAUAAUGGCACGAAUAUCUUUGCCCUCCUCCCUGGAAUCCUCAUUACCAGGGAUCAUACGGUCCGUUCUCACAGGACACAUGGAGACAAAAUACCUGUGCCAGCAUUGUGACGACAUCCUCAGAAAGCCAGUUCAAGCACAAUGCGGCCAUCGUUACUGUGUAUUUUGCUUCAAUCAGCUCACCAGGUACCAAGGAUGUUGCCCAACUCCUCAGUCUGCAACCCUUUCCCUUCCCUCUAACCACCUGAGUUGUCCCACAAUCACUGGGCUUGCUGGAUAUUGAUCCACUGAUCCUGUUCAUGUAGCUGGCUUCGUUUGUUGCUCAAUCACUUCACUACCACCCUUUCACUUGCUUUGAUGCAGCACUAUGUGAUGGCUUCGUCUUUUGACCUCCUCAGUAGGAUACUCGCCAGGAUGUAUUUCUCUGCUCCGGCCCUAAACCCUGUGAAGCAUGUCGUGUGGAGGGUAUAUUUGAAGAGUCUCAGUCCAUGCUGAAUGGAAAAGAAGCAUUUCCAGACAAUGCGGCGCGUCGAGAGAUUGAUGGUCUUCCAGCAAAGUGCCCAAAUGAAGACUGCACUUGGGCUGGGACCAUGAAAGAGUUUGAGGGCCAACAUGAAGGCCAAUGUGAAUUUGAGCGGAUCACUUGUGACGCAUGCCAGCAACGCAUCCUACGCAGCGAGAAAGACCGACACAAUGAGAGAGAGUGUGAAGCCAGAACCCUCAACUGCAAAUACUGCAAAGUUUCCUUCAACUUUAAAGACAUAAAGGCUCAUGAUGAGAUCUGUAUAAAGUUUCCCAUGCAGUGCAAAGAGUGCGGAAAGAAAAAAAUCCCACGAGAGAAGUUUCCAGAACAUGUUAAAACCUGUGUCAAGAGCAAGACAGCAUGCCAGUUCAACAAAGUUGGCUGCCAAGCAGUGAUUGACAAUGGGAAGCAGCACGACCACGAGCAGGCCUCCAUAAUGGAUCACCUGCGGCUGGUCCUGACUGCUCUGACUGCCCUGACGUCAUGGCGGAGUGUACCGAGCGUGCAGAGCGAUGGCUUGGGCGAGUACCAGGAGGACUGUGGUGGGCUGGGCCUGUACCGUGCGCCUGAGGAAGGGGCCGUCGGAGGCGCUGCCGCCGCCGCCUGCGGAAAGGCCUCGUGCAGCAACGGGUACAGUGGACGAGAAGGACUGAGAAGUAGCAACGGCCUGGGUCUUUACCAGGGUCCAGACGAAGGAGCGUCGGUGGGCAGCGGAGGGUUGGGGAGAGGAGGGAAGAGCACAGUAGGACUGGAGCUGAAGGUGACCGCACUGGAGAAUAUUGUGUGCGUGCUCAACCGAGAGCUGGAGAGAACGUCGCUGACGCACGAGGCCCAUGUACGCCAGCAACGCCUCGACCAAGAAAAGAUCGAGUCCCUCAACAACAAGGUUCAUCAGCUGGAACGUCAGCUAACCAUGAGGGACCUGAAGUUGUCCGAAACAGAACAGACUCUUCGCGAGCUGCAGCACUGCACGUUUGACGGUGUGUUUGUCUGGAAGAUUGCCGACUUCAGCCACCGCAGACAAGAUGCUCUCGCAGGACGAUCUCCAGCACUGUUUUCUCCAGCAUUCUACUCCAGUAAGUACGGAUAUAAGAUGUGCCUGAGGCUCUACCUGAAUGGAGACGGCACAGGUAGAGGGACACACCUGUCUUUGUUCUUCGUGGUGAUGCGUGGAAAGUACGAUGCCCUUCUCAAGUGGCCGUUUAGUCAGAAGGUGACCCUGAUGCUCCUGGACCAGAACAACCGGGAGCACAUCAUCGACGCCUUCCGGCCAGACACCAGCUCCACGUCCUUCCAGCGGCCCAUCAGUGAGAUGAACAUUGCCAGCGGCUGUCCCCUCUUCUGCCCGCUGGCCAAGCUGGCCUCGGCCAAGAACUCGUAUGUCAAAGACGACACCAUCUUCAUCAAAGCCAUAGUAGACCUGACAGGUCUUUAACGACGCUAUUCUGUGUAAUAGUGAAAGAUUGAUCAUUUCAAAUAUCUAUAUUUAUAAUUAUUAUCUCUUUAUAUUUAUAACACAUAUUAUAUAUGAAUAUGAUUAUAUAUAUAUUUAUUAUACAUAUUAUAGAUGAACUAUAAGGAUCGAAACUGCUGCCAAUCAAAAAUAGAAUGGGGAAAAAAGACAUUGCUAUCUCUGGAUGUAUUUAUUUCUGUGCAGACCAAAUUGUCACCACCAAGAAAUAGAACUAUUUCUACGUGAAGCCACGUGAAGGUGCUUUUGUCAUAAUGCGAGCUGUGGAAGCAGCAAAAGUGAACACUGAUUUUGAAUCUCCCAACAUACUGUAUAUCCCUUAGCAAACAAAACACCAGCUUAUGGAGUCUGCUCUCCUGCGUCAAUCUGCACAGACUGGAACAUCCAAGUACCAUGGUACAAUGUCAUUGGUGAUAAUGAUGAUGAUAUACAAUAUUUUAUAUUAUAACAUAAUAAUACUAAUGAUAUCAAUAAUAAUAAUAAUAAUAAUAUGUCAUUACAUUGUAUGGUAGCUCAGGUCGUUGCCUUUAUAAUUAAAUAUACAUUUGAAUAUCAUAUCAAUCAGCAUAAAAAUGUUCAUUGAUGAAACAGUGAAAACAGCUUUAGUAAUAAUAUAAUAAUAAUAAUAAUAAUAAUAACUUGGACUUCUAUAGCGACUUUCUUAGUACCCAAGGUCACUUAACACUUGGGGGGUUGGGGGGACUUUGUGAAAAUAAAUGUUUCAAGGUGCUUUUGAACAUGGGCAGGGACGGGUCAGAGUGGACACUGUUUAUAAGAGUAGCCAGUGGUUCCCAUGAGUAGUCACAAGCUUCUAUUAUCUGCAUUUUCAACUCCAACAUGUUGAGGAUUUAGGAUGCACGUUGUGUGGUAAUCUUGGUUUUCAGUUUGCCGGGGCUUGGGUCUCAAAGCUCCAGAGUAUAAAGAAGACUGGAGACAAGGGAUUUGUUAGCUUCAAACCCCAGCAAAGUUAGAUCUGGGAUAUACUAGUUAUACACUUACUGUAUAUUACAUCUCUGAUUAGCUUCGUUAGCUACAGCGUAGCACCAACCACCAUGUGACCAUAUGGGACUACUCACUGAAGCAAACCAUAAUGGAGUCUCAUACUGGAUCUGUCUUAUGUUACUUUAAUUUUAUGUGUUAAUUUUUCUGAACAUAAUCAUGUGAUUGCCACACAAUGAUAACAGUAUUUGGUGAUGAUCAGGGGCAAAUAAGAGAAUUAUUUGUUGAAUAAUAAUAGCACGCAUAACAUUGUUUUCUUUGUAGGGUUUCCCACGGGUCAUGGAAUUUUAGAAAGGCUAUUCCAGACACGUGAAGUCAGGGAAUUUUGGGGAAAAGUCAUGAAAUACCAGGGAAUUUUAUUGUAGCAAUUUAAAACGUAGUUGCUGUAUUGUGUAUUAUCUUCUUAUUAGCUUGUUUAAGUAGCCCGGCUGUGUUUUUAUGCAAUGUGUGUUUAUUCAUCUCCCACUCUGAAAAAGAUUCUUGAACGCUAUGCACGUUCCCUGAAAUCAUGUCAGUCUGUGUAUUGUACAAUUCAUUAUAUAAGUUGUGGAAAUUUAGUUUCAGUCUUAAACUGUUUAUGAUGUUAGUCGCUUUGGUUGCGUCAGACAAAUGUAAUAUGAUAUAAUGAAAAGUCAUGGAAUUGUACACUUGAUUAAGAGUGGGAACCCUGUUUUUGCUUUAUUUGAUUUUAUCAGACUGUAGGUAGAAGGUAAUAAGAAGGUAAUGUGGGCAGCCGUGGUGUACUGGUUAGCGCAUCGGGCUUGUAACCGGAGGGUUGCCGGUUCGAUCCCCGACCAGUCCACCACGGCUGAAGUGCCCUUGAGCAAGGCACCUAACCCCUCACUGCUCCCCGAGCGCCGCUAGUUGGGCAGGCAGCUCACUGCUCUGCGUUGUGUGAUUCACCUCACUGUGUGUUCACUGUGUGCUGUGUGUUCACUAAUUCGGUUAAAUUGGGUUAAAUGCAGAGAACUGAAUUUCCCUCACGGGAUCAAAAAAGUAUAUAUUCUUAUUCUAAUAUACUCUCAUAUGCUAUAUCAAUUUGUAUUUGUACUAGAAUGUAACGAAACUAGGCUAAUCUACAUGCAAGACAGCACAUAACUGAAUGUCUUUACUAAUAAUUUAGUACGGAAUAUUGCUAUUACAAUUCUAUGUCAUGUUCUAUAUUCUAAGUCAGAUUUAUUUGUAUUGUAGCCCUAGUACAUACUCGCCAUAGAGGGUAGCCAUGCAUGGGAUAGCAUGAAAAGCGUGAAAAGCCUGAAAAGCCUGAAAACAUGUAUCAUAGAUGUUUGAAUGAGUUUGCGUGAAAUUGCCACAUUCUUUGAGAAUGUUGACAAUGCUAUUGUGUUGCAUCUAAAUCCUGAGUUGUAGAGGAUGUUUAUUUCCGUCUGCAAGUACUGUACCUGAGCUGGCGGUGACAUGCAUGUGCUGGGAAAUGUGCCACCUCUCUAUAAGCUGUGACCUUGGCGUGGUGGAGAGGCUUGAGUGUCUUGUGGACUCUGAGGGCUACGACGGGUAGGGGCCCACCAACAAUGCGUCCCCUAGCAGGUUUAACCAUACCGGCCAGGCCUCAGGUGAGGGGCGGGACUAACACAGCAUGUCUGUUAAACAAACACUGGAUGUCAAUUGUGCACUCCUCACUAAUCCAGUAUAAAGGCUUCUUGGAGCAAUGGAGAUAAACAGUAUUAAUAUAAUAUCAACAUCAUCAACAAUAUCAAGGAAGAAGAAAUAACAGGAACAGGAAGGAGAAAUAACAGCUGAAUCUGGCGAAAUGAUGCCUGAAAUGUUGCAUCUACUGGCACACUCCCACCAUGAAUGAACCCAGACCAACUCAGAAUUUGUGAACAUCUGGAGAUAGGUGUAUAACUUCACAUAAUUUACACUUGUAUGCAUGGAUGAAGAUCUGAAAUAAAAACCUCACAACUCAACAA